CUGCCAGGUACAUUUCUUCUCCACCAUACAUGUUGAUGAUUUCCAAACCUUUAUAUGCAAUAUGCCUUUGGGAAUAAUAUCAUGAUCGGUGAACACAAUGUGUUGAAGGAAAACACAAACAUUUGCGUUCUCGCAAGCGGAUACAAGCGAUGUUGAAAAUUGCAUGAAAACCAAACGAAGAAGAAAUCUUAUAUUCGCUGUCAAUGAUUUUGCAAUCAUCUCCGGCAACUCUGAUCGCAGUGUAUCAGCUUUUUCUUUUCAAGUUAGAAACAGUGAUCUGAACAUGCGAAUCAAAAAGUGGCCGGUUCACAAUUAAAUAUUUAAUACGGAAAACUAUCUAGUUAAUUGUGACGAUUAUGGCAGACACAGCAGCUCGCGACUUCCUGAAGUCCCAUGGCUUAGAACGAAUUGAACCCCACCUUGAAAAAGCAGGAGUCAAAUUCGACGACUUCUGGUACUUUGAAGAAAAUAUAGGAGAACUCCAGAAUAUAAUGCCAAACUUGCGAGAUCGUAUGGAUUUUUUACGAUCGUUAAAAUUAAUUGUGGCAAACAAGGCAUGCCAAGUAAACUUACCAGCACCAGUAUGCGCACAUGAAAGUUUGCUGAAAAUUUGUGAGCGAUCAGAAUCAGGACGUAAAUUCCUUGAUAUUUCCAACAACGACAAUGAAAGUAAUCUGAGCACACCGGAAUGUCGAAAAUAUAUCAAAGAUGCUGUAGUUGAACAUUUCUUCGUGUUGGGAAAAGGAAAAAUUCUGGCAUCGGACUUUACUAAAAUGGUACAAAUCAUAUGUAACCAGUUGCCGCAUGAAGACCCACGUACCUGGUACAUUCCGAAGAGUCAGAACCAGGCAGCUGCAGGGUUACUAUUUACUCGGUAUAAAUAUAUGCAACAGCAUGAUACAAGAUUCAAGAAAGGUAUAUAUAAUCUAACAGCAGCCACAGCAGAAAAUGAACAACAGCCAGAAAGUCCAAAACGAUUUGAAGAUCAAUGGAAUCAAUUAAGUGCCGAAGAACGUGAUCAAUGCCAAGCUGCCAAAAUCAAAUUGAACAUAAUCGGCUUUGAUCGAAAGGAAGAAAUUAUGAACCUAUGGAUUACCAGCUACCCACUGCGACGUUUCCAGUCGGUCACGGGAAAAUUAGCGUUCGGAGAUUGGGAUGUCUUAACCCAUUAUGCGGAUGUGCAUCAAUUAAUAUCUGUGGACUUCAAAAAAAUUCUGCCGAAUCAUGUUAGGCUCGAGGAACGUAUUUUCCCUUUCGUUCGCCGAUUCAAAAACAUUUUCGAAAACUACAAACAGCUAAUUGUCGAGGACAUGGAUUUAUUGAACAAUUUGGCUUCUAUUUUUACAGACCAUUUUCAACUCACUGAGUACUCCAUAUUUCUCGCGUUGUACGCAUUGCCAUUAAUAAUUCGUCAAUACUUCAUAAAAAGAGGAGGUAGAAAACGCACAAAACCGUCCUUAUUGCAAAGCAGACAAGCGUUCAUUUGUGUACUGGCGACAGAGGCCACUUUAGAGGAAACCAUCGCGUCUCGACAACUGGAAGCUCGGAACUUGGGGAAAACUGUACAGCCAUUCAUAGUGGCUUUUGGUUCUAUUGCAAACAUCAACAACAAAUUCUUCGUAAUCUUGGACAACAUUAAGUUCCCUUGUAGCAGCAUUGUAUCGGCUUUGGACCUCUUGUUUAAACUACACACUGUUUUCCAUUUGCGAUACGCGGAAGAAUGCGAAAACGUUCUAAAGUUUAUUCAGUUUUACUUUUAUAAAAUAUCAUUCUCUGGAGAUCGUCUGGACUCCUCAACAACUGCAUUCAUAGCUGACUUAGAUCGCUGUUAGCGUUUGUUAUAUGUUGUUAAGUUUUUAUGUUGUUUAAGCUGUUUAUAGUUAUAAAUGAAAUAAAUAGAUGAUUUUUCGAUACACCAUAAGCCAAGGUUGCGUCGCGUGCCGAUAGCUCGCUCCUCAAGGACAAUAAUAUUUUCUAUUAAGCUUUCUUCAUAUGACGAUUUAAAAAUACAUGAAGGCACGUAAGGUAAUAAAUUUCACGAGACUGAGGAAUGGAAAAGCAACAUCUAUGGUCAAGGUGGCAUAUUAAAUUUAAGGGUGUUUUUUCGAUUGCUGUUACGUUUUGCCGUUAGCUCGCUUCACACGCACAAUUUUGGGAAACGUUGA